AUGCCGACGGAAAGUGAGUCUGAAGAGUUUAAAGUCGAGUGUAAGCAUACAUUGAAUUGCAAGAAUGGAGCCUUCCGUUCCGUCGCGUGGAACGUGGAUGGAAAUUACUGCUUGACGAGUGCUAGUGACAAAAGUGUGAUGUUAUGGAACCCGCACAAGGGAAAGCUGCUUCAGUCAUACGUCGGUCACGGAAGUGAAGCGUUAGUUGCGAGGAGUUCUGGUGAUAAUGGAAGCAUUGCUUCUGGAGGAGCAGAUCGAACCGUGAUUUUGUGGGAUGUCGCCACAGCGGCUCCCUUGAAACGUUGGAGAGAACACGCGGGGAAAAUCAACGGCGUGUGCUUCAACGAGUUAUCGUCAGUGGUGAUUUCUGCCAGUGCUGAUGCGACCGGAGCUGCUUGGGACACUCGCUCCAAGUCCAAGUCCGCCAUUAUCACGUUCGGAAAAUUUGGCGAUUCGGCGACCUCUGCGGUUGUCGACGAAGCCGAAGUGCUUUUCGGCUGUCUCGACGGGAAAGUGUGGCGGUUUGACCUACGCAAUGGGAAGCAGAUUACUGAUACGAUUGGAGCUCCAGUGGUUGACGCGGAGUUUUCGAGUGAUUCUCAGUGUGUUUUGGUGUCGACGAUGGACAAUUGUAUUCGGUUAUUCGACAAGGUCGAUGGGAAAUUGUUGGCCGAAUACGUUGGCCACGUGGCGAAGGACUUCCACGUGAGAGCCAUGACGAACUUUGAUGACUCUUUAAUCGUGGGGGGAUCCGAAAACGGAAAGCUUUUGUUCUGGAGGACGGUGUCUUCGAAUGUUGUAUUAACAUUGGACCACCCAGAAGUUUCGCUGGUGAAUGGUUGUGCGCACCCCAAAGAAAAUAAGUUUUUGAGCAUUGCGAGGAACGUCUUACGCCUUUGGGGAUCGCCCGAGGAUGACCCAGAUUCCGAGGAGAACAUUGAGUGACCAUUUCAAUUGAUUCAUCUGGAUAAGCGCGAGGUUAAUUUGUCGUAUCACAACUUUCUAAUCUAAAUAACAGUUGAAAUUGAUGGUUUAUUUGUCGAGAAAUUUCUUGAAAGUUAUACUGUAGCAUAAAAUUGUGUGCGCUUGAAAUGGCUGCUGAUCAGCAGUCUUUAUUUUCUUCCGUUUUAUAAAAUAGCGCCGAUGCUCUGCUUUGUACGGGUAUAUUUAUAUCCUUCAUUUGGCGCAAAUCGUGUCAAAUAUUUUGUUUGCGAUUGUCAGCUGAUUUAAAACAGUCAAUAGUGUCGAAGAUACCCUCAAAAUUCAAAUUUUUCUCCCUUUCCGAUGGAGCUGUCUGCGUCCGCCAGAAACAACGAAGAAUUUUAUAAUUUUCAUGUAUCAGGAAUUUUCUUAAUUGUAUGUUACCGAGCAUCUUCUGUUUUUAUUUACUUGACUUCUUUUUUUAGUUUACUGUUUUUAUUUAUUUGGGAGUGAUCUACAAAUUUUGUGUGUAAGAUUUUGUGCCAGAAAGAUUGGGAUACCGUCUACCCGUGGAAGUUUUCCUCUUUCUUCGGGUUUCUUGUUCAGAAAAGGUUGGAAUGUAUUUGGUACGUCUUUUCUUGUGGGUAUGGAUGAUGAAAAAGAAUAUUUUUCCUUCAAGAUCGUUCAUGGCUCGGGCGGUAAGCCGCUGUGAAGAAU